GGACGCGGUAUUUUUCGUCGCCUUUGCCCCCACGCUCCCUCCGACUCAUCAUCCUCGAAAGCAAUACACAAGUACGCGCAGUUACCCAACCGAACAGCAACCGAUCCCCCUCGCCCUCUUCCUUCCUCCCCUCCCCAUCAUUAUUGGGUUGGGGAGCCGUGCCGUGCCGUGCCAGUCGCCGCUGCUACCCUCUCUCCCUCCCCGGUUCUUGGUCAGAUUCGCCCUUCUCCGGCACCCGUAAUUCCCGAUUGGUUCGUUGAUUGACCGCCGAUCGUGCCGCUCCUUGCCAACACGAAAGCUCAAUUCUUGUGCUGACUCCUCCGUGUUUUGGCAGGGGAAUUUGGGGGUAAGGAUUUCUUGAUUUCUUACUCGGGUUCUUGGAGAUUAUCUAUGUGGGUUCUUGGGCCUUUGGUCCGAUGAUCCGGGCCGAUCGUGGUGACGAUGAUCCUGGCGCUGUUUCGUGUUCUGGAUGGCUGAAUUCUUCUCAAAGAUGAGAUAUUUUUUGUCCCGAUUUUGGUGUCCUGUUGCCAGAACGAAGCGAAUUUCGUGGAUCCUCUGUUCGUCCGUCCAAUCGAGUCCUUUCCUUCGCUGCUAGACUGGUACUGGUUCUGGUAUUUUGCCACAGAUGAUGUAAUUGGAAUCUUGGUUGUGUACAGCGCUGGUGAAGUGAGGAUAUUGUUUGAUAAUUGUCAGACAGGAUAAGAAAGGUAGACUUUGCGAGUGGAAUUGGGGGGAAUAUGCUUUCUUUGUGAAGGGUGGCAAUGACACCUUGUAAUUGGCCAUUGCCAUGUUCCUCUUCUGCAUCAAGCUUCCCCCCCCCCCCCCCCUGCAAUCGUUGUGUCGCUGCAAGCCUCACGAAUAGUCCUGUAUCUCAAUGCACCAUGGCGUAGAGGCCUGAAGCCAGGAUCACCACAAGUUUGAGAUAGAAGCAUAGAGCACUGCAAGUUCCAGCCGUGGCGGAUGGACGCUACCACCAGCACUGGAGCUUCCUCAUCUCUCCCCCUCCGUCUCAUCGUGGAUGAGACGCUUGCUCUUGUUACUCCAUUGCAGCAAUCAUUUCAGCGGUCACAGCGCCUUUGCUUUGGCAACUCUGCUCCUGGGGAGUUCCCAUUGGCUGCAAACCCAUCAAUUGUCCUCCAUGUCCUCACAUCGUGCAAUCUAGAUGCGGAGGACCUCGCCCACUUGGAGGCAACAUGCACAUUUUUCAGAAAACCUGCUAAUUUCCCUCCCGACUUCCAAUUAUCCAUGUCGGAGCUCGCAGCGUUGGAUAUGUGUCAGAAAAGGGCUAUCUUUAAGCCUAUGACUGCACAUGAAAGAGAGCUGCUUAAGCAACGCUGCGGCGGAAGUUGGAAGCUUGUUCUUAGGUUCAUAAUGGCAGGUGAAGCAUGUUGCCGGAGGGAAAAGUCUCAAGCAAUUGCUGGACCUGGACACAGCAUCGCCGUGACAACAAGCGGUGCUGUGUAUACUUUUGGGUCCAACAACUCUGGUCAACUUGGCCAUGGUAAUUUAGAAGAGGAGUGGAGACCACGUCUUGUCAGAUCAUUGCAGGGGAUUAGAAUUAUUCAAGCGGCAGCUGGAGCAGGACGAACAAUUCUCGUCAGUGAUGGUGGUAGGGUGUAUGCAUUUGGAAAGGACUCCUUUGGAGAAGUUGAAUAUGGGGUUCAAGGUUCCAGGGUUGUGACUACACCACAGAUGGUAGAAUCUUUGAAGGGCAUAUACAUUGUCCAGGCAGCAAUCGGGAACUUCUUUACUGCAGUGUUGUCUCGGGAGGGACGUGUAUAUACAUUUUCGUGGGGGAAUGACAUGAGACUUGGUCAUCAGACAGAGCCAAACGAUGUGCAGCCACACCUUCUCACAGGGGCUCUUGAGAACAUUCCAGUUGUGCAGAUUGCUGCAGGCUACUGCUAUCUCCUUGCCCUGGCAUGCCAACCUACUGGCAUGUCAGUUUAUUCUGUUGGUUGUGGUUUAGGAGGGAAGCUUGGCCAUGGUUCUCGAACUGAUGAGAAAUACCCUAGGUUAAUAGAGCAAUUCCAAACUUUAAACAUACAGCCAGUGGUAGUUGCUGCUGGAGCCUGGCAUGCUGCUAUUGUAGGCAAGGAUGGACGUGUUUGCACUUGGGGAUGGGGGCGUUAUGGGUGCUUGGGUCAUGGUAAUGAGGAAUGUGAAUCUGUUCCCAAGGUAGUUGAGGCCUUGAGCGGCGUGAAGGCUGUCCAUGUAGCAACUGGAGAUUACACAACAUUUGUGGUAUCAGAUAAAGGUGAUGUUUACUCUUUUGGAUGCGGUGAAUCAUCAAGUCUUGGUCACAACACUACAACUGAGGGUAACAACAGGCACUCUAAUGUGCUUAGCCCUGAGUUGGUGACCUCGUUGAAGAGAGUUAACGAAAGGAUGGUUCAGAUCAGCCUUACGAACUCCAUAUAUUGGAAUGCACAUACAUUUGCGCUGACAGAUUCAGGGAAACUCUACGCAUUUGGUGCAGGGGACAAAGGACAGCUAGGCACGGAACUUGUUGCGCAGCAAAGUGAGAGGGGGGCCCCAGAGCGGGUUGAAAUUGACCUCAAUUAGGUCCAGUUACAAUCACCCUCUUCUGUGCAAAUGCUCUCUUCUAACCUUCGUUGUCUAAUUUCGUCGGUUGCACUUAGUUUAUGCCCUGCCUAUGUUCAGCCUCAUCCUGCGCCUCAGCUGAUCCUUGUGAAAAUAGUUACCAGCAAGGAACACAACCUGUUUUUGUUCAUAAGAUCAGUUGGCUUUAGCGAACUUGUGUCAAUAGUCAUCAUGUGUAAAUAUAACAGUCAGGUCUCAUUGCCAGUUCCAUUCAAACAUGAGCGACUGGCCUGUGAAUGAUGAUUUAACAUGUUGUGAAUAUUUGAUCUUUCUUUCACAUGUAGCAUUGCCCCGUGCUAUAAAACUAUGUUUGUAUAUAGUUGUAGUUCCUUGACAUUAUUGGGGAGAUGCCAAUUGUGUAAACAUGUUACCGACAGUUAAAUUCGGACGUCUUGUGGUACUUGUUCAGGUAUAUCAACUGAUGUUAUUCGAGCUUC